CAUCAUAUAUCCUCAGAACUCAUCUUGUAAUUAACACUUGCUUGAAAUGGAUUCUAAAGAUCAACAAGGAGAAAAGAAGUCAAGUGGUGCAAAAAUAUUAGAGAGAUUGGUGAAGGGAGAAAUUGGAGAUGAGGAAUUGAAGGAGCUCAUUAGAGUUCGGUUUGAAAAGAGAUUGCAAUGUGGUUAUAAACCCACUCCCCAAGACCAACUUGCUUCCGAGAUGGCCUUCAUAAAAUCCUUGAAAGAUAUGAAGAUGUCAGGAGAAUUGGAGGCUGUGAACACCGAGCUAUAUGAAUUACCUACAGCUGCUGUUGCAGCCACUCUUGGAAGCACCCUCAAACAAAGUGCUUGUUACUUCAAAGAGGAAUCCAUGUCGAUAGACGAAGCAGAGAUCGCUGCAUACGAGUUGGACUGCGAACGAGCACAAAUAAAAGACGGGCAAACUAUACUUGACAUUGGUUGCGGCUUCGGGGGUUUAGUUCUUCAUAUUGCUCAGAAAUAUAAGAAUUCUCAUGUUACAGGAUUGACUAAUUCCGCCGAGCAAAGAAAUUAUAUUAUGUUGCAAGUAGAGAAGCUUGACUUAUCGAAUGUGGACGUCAUAUUAGCUGAUGUGACUAAGUACGAAUUCGAAAAUGAGAAAAAAUUUGAUCGAAUAUUAGUUGUCGAAGCCAUAGAGCACAUGAAAAACAUUCAGCUGUUUCUGAAGAAAAUCUCAAACUGGAUGAAAGAUGAAGAUAGUUUCCUUUUUGUGGUGCACCUUUGCCACAAGGCAUUUAGUCAACAUUUUGAGGCACUUGAUGAGGAUGAUUGGUACACCAGUUACGUACUUCCAGAAGGGAGCGUGACUUACCUGUCUGCUUCAGCUCUUCUAUAUUUUCAGGAUGAUGUCUCCGUCGUGGACCAAUGGUUGUUGAGCGGAACGCACAUGGCACGUUCACAGGAGGAAUGGUUCAAGAGAUUUAAAAUAAAUUUGGAAGCCGCAAGUAAAGCACUAACGGUGGGACUUGGAAGUGAAGAAGCAGCGAACCAAGUUAAUAUUCAGUAUAAGACAUUCUUUAUGGGGUAUGUCGUGCAAUUCUCAUUUAACAAUGGAGAAGAAUGGAUGAUUUCACAUUAUCUCUUCAAGAAAAAGUAACUUUAAGGCAGACCGAGUCUUUUUGUGUAGUUUAGGCCUGUUUUCCAAAUAGCUUUUGCGUUAAGAGUCUGUAUGGGUUUUUUCAUCCUUCCUUGUCUUACAAGUUAGGGUUUUUCCCAAAUCUAUCCGAGAGUGUUCUUGAUUUAUUAAGUUGAAUUUGAUUAAUAAAAUUCAUUUUCUUAAAUUAGCGCAAGUGGUCUAGAUAAAUAUCAAUUAAUCAUAGUUGUAAUU